CCUUCCUUCCCUUUAAUUUCUGAGCGCAAAAGGCUCACUCUUUUUUCUUUUUUAUUUUAGAGAGGAAAGAAAAGGGACUGGAUAUGUGAAUAUAUGUUGCCUAUGUCUUGCAUUGGAUCCUUCGCCUCAAGUGUUAUUCCUCCCUACAUUCUCUCUCUCUCUCUCUCUCUCUCUCUCUCUCUCUUUCCCGUCAACGAUACUUCCAUAGCUAAAAUCCAAACAAAGCUUCGAGAAAGACAGCCGCUGCAUUUUAUCUUCUUGGUUUAGGCUAAUAGCUAGCUAGCCUUCCAAAGGAGUCUCUCUGGCUAGCUAUCUAUGUACAUAUACUCUUUCUACUUGCUCUUCUUGUCUGUUUUCUUUGAUUCUCAUCAUAUUUUUGUCUUCUUGAUCCUACUAGUCUCGGAAUAUCUAGCUUUUAUGUUUCUGAUUCUUGUUGUUUGAUUCUUAAUUGUGUUGAUUGCAGUUUCUUGAAUUUCUCUCUCUCUCUCUCUCUCUCUCUCUCUCUCUCUCUUCAUGUUUUCUCAAUUUAAAUCAUUGACAUUCAUGGGGGUGUCAAAUCCUGAGAUGUUUUUGUCUGAGAAUGAUCUGAAUUCUAUGGAAUUCAAUUUUCUUGUAAGACCCGCUUUGGAAUUUGAAGAUGAAUAUCGUAUUGCACCUUUACUAGACGGGGAUGAUCGAGAUGAUCUUCAUCUGAAUUCAAAAGAAGAAGAAGAAGUAGAAGAAGAUGAAGAAGAAAGAAAACGAGAAGAACAUAAAGAAGAAGAUAAAUGCAAGUUGUUGGUUUCUACUUUGAAGAUAAAAUUGCCAUCUCUAGGAGAAUUCAAGAUCGAAGAAGAUCUAGAUGAUGGGUUCAAAACUCCAACAUCUUUGGAUCAAAAAAUCCCAGUGAUCCUUCCAUGCCCACCUGCACCAAGAAAACCUAAAUCUCUCCCAUCAAAUAAAAGAAAACCUCAACGCAGGAGAGUCCUUCUUGAUCUAUCAAAUGAGAUUGAAUCUUUGUUCCCUACAGCUCUUCGUGCGGAUCUUGGUGGAAAGAUUAAGAAAAUUAGACAAGAAAAUGACACCAAAUGAAAGGGUACUAAUUAUUUAAAUUUAUAAUGUAUCUUUCUCGUGAAGUUAAUCACGGUAGUUAUGUCUCUUUUUUUCUUUCUUUCUUUUUCCAUUCCCCAUUUCUUGGUUUCAGAAAAUUUCCCAAAGAAAUGGUAUCCUAUCCAUGAUACUAGCAUUAUUAACUUUAAUUUCCAUAAUUUCUUUAUCUUGCAAAUAAUGUUGCCUUUUAACUUUCUGUUUCUGGUCGAGAAUUUUGUAUGUUUUCUAUUUUGCCCACAUAUAUACGGAUAGAUCUGAAUCUGUAGCUUAUUAAUUGUGUGGAAAAGAUCAAAUAGGUUUACUUAUAGGAUUCCUUCAUUAUUGGACCCCAUUAAGGCAUUAUGUUGUUCUUGAAGAGAGUUUGAGUUCAAAGAUUGAACAAAGAAAUGGAUUCUCUCUCUCUCUCUUCCUCUCUCACAGAAACGGAUUGCAUUGACUUCUUUAAAAA